AGUUAUUACACAUGCAGUUAGAACACUGAAAAUUGAGCGGCUGGCCCAACAAGUUUGGUCACUUUUGUAAAACACCUUCCCCCAAACUGAUUUGGGAACUGUAACAUGCUCCGGUUUGCAAGUCAGUCACAGCUGUAGAGGACAUAGCUCAGUGAGAUGGGAGUUGGACAACUAAUACUGUGGACCUGGAUCAGUUCCUGGACAGACUACCUGUCUAUGUUCUGGGAUAAGACAUUUCCUCUGCAUUGUCCCUGUCCACCCAGCUGUAAACAGGGCGGCCUGAGGAGGCGUAGCACAUGAAAUUCAGGAGCGGUUAAAGAAUGUUGUUUAAAAGUAGAUGUUACAACAGCAGAGCCAGGAAGAUCUUAACUACUUCAGCACUUUAAAAGACCUUGAAAAUGUUUCUGUGGACGACUUCUGCCUUCUCUCUUGUGAUCAUCGUUAUUCAAACCGCCCACGGUGGUAACGUGCUGGUGUUUCCACAUGACGGCAGCCACUGGGUGAACAUGGUGGUCCUCGUGGAGGAGCUGCACUCGAGGGGCCACAAUGUGACUGUGAUACGGCCUUUAGACAGCUGGUACAUUGAUGUCACGUCUCCCUACUACAACACCAUCACAGUGGAUAUGGAAGGUGGUGGAAAUGAGGAGUUUUUUCGUCAAUUUGUCUCCAAAGUAAUUCAAAUUAAACUACAGCAGGGCUCUGUCUGGGCCCGUUUAGCUUUAGACAUGGAAUUAAAAGACAAAUUCUUUGAAUUGCACAGGAAUGUUUGUGAAGUUGUCACAUACAUAUUUGAGAAUAAGGAGCUGAUGAAGUCCUUUAGAAACACUAAGUACGAUGUGGUUUUGACCGAUCCUGCUAACGGAGGAGGAGUCAUGCUCGCUUAUUUCCUGGGAUUGCCGCUAGUCUUCAAUGCUCGAUGGACUGUUCAUGGUGAAGCGCAUUUUGCAAUCGCACCUUCUCCGCUUUCUUAUGUCCCAUUCCCACCUGGAGAAUUAACAGACCAAAUGACAUUUUCAGAGCGUGUUAGAAACCUGAUUUUUUACAUUAUGAGGAUGCAUCUUUACAAACAGACGGUGGGGCCGCACUAUUCUGCCUUAUGCAAGCGUUACUUUGGUCCAGAUGUGGAGUACUUCACCCUGUUCCAGGCUGCAGAUCUGUGGCUAAUGAGAGUCGACUUUGUCUUUGAGUUCCCUCGGCCCACGAUGCCUAACGUUGUGUACGUGGGAGGGUUCCAGUGUAAACCUGCCAAACCUCUUCCUGCACACUUGAAAGACUUCGUCCACAGCUCAGGGGAUCAUGGAGUCAUCCUCAUGUCUCUGGGGACUUUGAUUGGACAACUACCUGAUUUCUUAGCAGAUGAGAUCGCUGCAGCUUUUGCCACACUGCCUCAGAAAGUCAUCUGGAGGUACAAAGGCCAUAAACCAGCAACUCUGGGCAACAACACUUUAUUAGUCAAGUGGAUGCCACAGAACGACCUCUUAGGCCAUCCCAAAAUGAAACUAUUUGUGAGCCACGGGGGUACGAAUGGACUUUAUGAGGCUAUAUAUCAUGGCGUUCCAGUUGUUGGCAUCCCGGUUGUGUUCGAUCAAGCUGAUAACCUCGCUAAGAUGAGAGCAAAGGGUGUUGCAAAAGUUUUAGAUAUUUCUGAACUGGAUAGAAGAAUAUUUUGGAAUGCUAUACAGGAAGUCCUAAAUGAACCCUCUUACACCAUGAACAUGCAGAGACUUUCCAGACUGCACAGAGACCAGCUGAUAAAACCACUGGACAGCGCCCUCUUCUGGAUAGAGUUUGUUAUGAGACAUAAAGGUGCAGCUCACCUCAGAACAGAAUCCUACCAACUGCCUUGGUAUUCUUACCACUCUGUUGAUGUCAUGUUAUUUUUCCUAACAAUUGCAUUUAUUAGUUUGUUCAUUUUUGCCGUAGUAGCAAGGGAGUGCUUUAGACUGUGUUUCAAAAGAAAAGUGAAAUCAGACUAAUGAGGGAAAAUGUGGUUGGGUCAAUCAAAUAUGUGUUUUUAUCUCACACCCACCGUAUGACAGAAAGUGGACACAGAGUCGCACUUCACCCAUGUGUCCAUGUAUAUCUAAUUUUCAACAGAAUUGAACUUGAUAGCCUAAAUUAGUGUAUCUCCAAUGAGUUUAAAUUUGAGUGUGAUCAGUUUUUUAACAAGACCCUCUAAAGACCGCCCACUAACAGAGCAUUGAUUAUUGUAAUUUUUGCAUUGUCCCCCAGCAGGUGUUGUUUUUUUUCCCCUCAGUAUGAGCUGGCCCUUUUUCAUAACUGUACCUUAAACACUCAUCCACAAUUAAAUAAACAAAUCCAUAACGCGUC